AUUUUUGUGUUGUUUGCCUGGCGAUAAAAAGCAUUUACUUUAAAUGUUUUGGAAAUUCUUUAACAACUUAUUUAUAAGCUAUAUAAGAGAAGUGCAAGUGUAUACAAGUGUUAAUUCUAUAAUAUAUUUGUUAAUUUAGAUACUAUAAAUAAAAGUGUUUCAGAAAGUUUGUAAUACGCUACGAGAAAAAGUUGCUAGUACAGCUGGCGCACAAUUUAUAAUUGACACUGAAAUAUGUAAAGACAGAUAUUCCUAUCAUAUAACUUCCUAUCGCAGAUUAACUGAAUUUUCAAAUACCGGAAAACAAAAGUUAUAUACUUAUUAGAAAUGGAUUUUCGGCAUACAGAUGUUCUUAAAUUGCUCAGUAUAUAUAGACAAUAUGAGUGUCUAUGGAAUUGCUACAGUCCAGAUUAUAAGCAACCCGAUAUGAAGAAAAGUGCUUGGAUAGAGCUUUCCAUACAUUUCGGCAAAGAAGUUGAUGAAUUGAAGAAAAAGAUGAAACAUUUACGUAACUGCUAUUCUGCGGAAAGGAAAAAAGUAGAGGCCAGUAAAAAUAAACAUGGUGUCCCAACGUACGAACCACGCUUAUAUUAUUACCAGCAGAUGGAUUUUUUAGCUCCUGUUGUAUCUUUACGUAAAUAUACUGAACAGGAAAAUAACGACGACCCGUUAAGCGAAUCGAAAGGCAAUUCACCGAAACAUGAUUUAACUCUAAGCGAGAGAAAGAGACAACGUAUGAAUUCUAGUGAAUCUGACAGUGAUCGCGCGUCGCCUCAGGCAGAGUUAAGAACAACAGUAGUAACUAUCGUGCAUUGUGUAUAUGUACAUACAUUUGCAUCAUUUCAAAUUAUUAUUUUCUUUACAGAAAGUACCUCUUGAUUCAGAUGAUUCUCUCAAUAUGAUCCAAAUUGAGUCAAAACCUACCAAAAGACGUCUACUUGUCAAUGAUGUCUUAAAAGAGCAGACCCAAAAAGUGACAAAAACCCAGACAAAGUCAUACAAAGAAGACACAUUUUGUGCUAUGCUUUGUAGCGAGCUUAAAUUACUAAAAUCGGAAGAGACCUAUGACAAUGUGACAUCCGAAAUUUUUACUGCUGUGAAAAACGCAAAAAUUGCUGAACGUCAAAGGAAUUAUCAAUCCGAAAAUGAAAGCAAAAAUUUUAACACAAACUAGAGCAUUACACGUCAGUUGAAGUAUAUUCUAAUAAAAAUAGCGAAUUAUGAAAAGGCAAAAUAUUGCGUCCCUUGGCUUUUUAAUGUUUGUUAAAAAUUGUGUUAUUAAAAUUAGAUACUGAUGACAGUCGGUUUUAUAUCACGAGUUAAAGUGAGCUUUUAAAACACACUUUGGUGUGCAAGUGCUACAGAUAAUUUGAAACUAUCAAGCUUAAAAAUUGUACACACCAAUUUUUUUCCGUGGCUGGGAACAAUAUGAAAAUAAAUAUAUAUGAAAUAUAUUUUUAUACAGCUAAACACAUUUUUAAAAUAGACAUUUCCUGGCAAAACAAAUCAACAUUUAACAAUAUGUACCUGUUAAAUUACAAACGACCAUAAUCUAUUUUGAUGAUAAACACCGAAGUGAAAAAAAUUUCAACAUGUUACUGACCAGCUUAAUGUAUUAUUAUAAAUUUAAAAAAAAAACGCUUCACAACAGUUUAUGCAAUGCCAAUUAUAUUAGUUCUAAAAUUUUUGAAAUUCCUUAAAUAUCAUUGUAUAAAUAUACUUAUAUAUGUAUCUUUACUUUUACAACACUUUGAAAUGUUAUAUUCACCACAAAAAAUCAAUUCUGACUCAGUCAGCUGUAGCAGCCAACAUCGCUUACUAAAUUUAUCUUGAUGCGUAUAUCAUUCUAAAAACGUGGAAGAAACAUUUUAUUAUCACAACAGAAAGCUAAAUAGUAAGAUAAAGAAAUGAGAGUAAACUGAAUACUUUAUAUAUAUACGUAAUAAUAAAUUCAAAAAAUUAGUUUUUUCUCAGUUUACGCAUUUAACAAGUGGAUAGAAAACAAUUCUUUACAUAUAUUUUUUUAGUCUAUUGUGCAUUUGUAUAUAUGUAUGUGAGUAGUGCUCCACGAAGGCAAUAGUUUGUGGUACAUAAAACAACGUCAAGGGAUUGACAAUGGAUUGGCGGCAGGCGGAAAUUUUCGAUUUGAUAUCCAUGUACAGAGAGUCUGAGUGUCUAUGGAAUUGUCUAAAUCCAGAAUAUAAAGACCUGGACUUGAAGAAAAAUGCAUGGAGGGAAAUCGCUAAUUUCUUCGGAAGAAAUGUGGAGGAUGUGAAGAAGAAAAUUAAAAAUUUGCGCACUAGUUACGUUAUAGAGAAAAAGAAAGUCGAGAGAAAGAAAACCGAAUCGGAAGACUCUCUGUAUGAGCCACGUUUAUUUUACUAUGAUGAAAUGACCUUUUUGGACCCUGUAGUAAUUUUACGUUUUUUUAAUCCUACAGAACAGAAUGCUGAUCCCUUAACUGAAAUAAAACAAAAGCGUUCUACAAACGAAGGAUAUAUGAUAGCUGAAAAGAAAAAGCGAAAACUAUUUAGUAAUAGUCAGACGGAGCGAGCACAUUUGGAAUUUUCUCCUACAAAAAGACUGCGUGAUAUAAGUGAUGUACACUUAGAUAAUGUACUACAAGACGAAUUAGAAGAGGAAGUGUACCUAAAUAAGGAAGAUACUUUUUGUGCAAUGCUUUGCAGUGAACUUAAAUCACUUAAAUCGGAAGAUAUAUAUGAUAAUGUGACAUCUGAAAUUUUCACCAUACUAAGGAAUGCCAAAAUAGCAGAACGUCAAAUCGUGUACCAACCCGAAGAGAUUAACAAAGUGGUGAGCAAAAAGAUGUGAACGCAAAAUUUUUCUAAUUCUUCACUAUAAAAGUCACGCCAACGUAUCAGGAACUAUUUUAAUAAUAUUUUUAAAAUAAUUGCGAAUAUUUCUACUUAGAAAGCUGGAUCUAUUAUAUGAUACGGCCGUUUUCUCUUUAAGAAUUAGCAUUUUAUUUCUUAAUGUUUUAAUAUAAUAUUCUACAAUGCCUAAUAAAACAAAAAUAUACCACAUGUUUUAUAUCCAUUGUACAUUCAUGUAAGUAGCUUCGUUGGAGUAUUACUACCUCAUAGUUUUUGGAUACACAUAGAAACUACAUAGUAAUUCCUAAAAUUUAAAUUUAAAUUCUUAAAAAAUGCACAAAAAAGUAGAUUAGUAUAUUCCUAUACCAUGCGUAUGUUAUUAGCAGCGUAUUCAUUGUACAAUUGUAUUUGAACAUGCAUUUCAUUGAUAAUGCUGAGCUAGUACGAAACAUACGUAUGGUGAAAACUAAAUAUGUACUCACAAAUAAGAAACCCAUAUCACAUAAAGUAGAUAACAUACAAAUUCACGCACAUGCAUUGA